AUGCAGCAAACCGCAAACCGGUCAGAAACCAGAACUGCAGCAAACCGGCAAGAAAGCACAAUUGUAGCAAACUGGCCAGAACCUACAACAAUUGCAACAAACCGACCAAAAACUACAAUUGCAGCAAACCGGACAGAAACUACAAUAAUUCGGUCAGAAAGUACAAUUGCAGCAAACCGACCAGAAAGCACAAUUGUAGCAAACCGGCCAGAAACUACAAUUGCAGCAAACCGGACAGAAACUACAACAAUUGCAACAAACCUACCAAAAACUACAAAUGUUGCAAACCGACCAGAAACUACAAUUCGGUCAGAAAGUACAAUUGCAGCAAACCGGCUAGAAGCCAGAACUGCAGCAAACCGGCUAGAAAGCACAAUUGCAGCAAGCCGGCCAGAGACCAUACUUUUAAUAAACUGGCUAGAGAAUUCGAAGAAGACCGCAGUAUAUCCAACGACGGAUUCACGACUAGAAAUAACACCCACCGCUUUUGAAAACAACGGUAUUCAUAUCGAAGAACUCGACAACAGCACGCUCAGCACUAAUUCUAAUUCCACCACUAAAGAAUUUCCAUGCUGGAAGUACGUACUUGUGGCAGCAGCAACUUUGGCUUUUCUGUUAGUAACUGUCAUAUUACUAAUUCGAAAAUUCUACAGAAAGAGCACCACAACCAACACAGUAACUGUGAAUCUAAAUGACAGUAGGCCUACUAACGAAGAAUUUGAAAUUCUUGAAAGUUAACUUACAGUACCUUACAAGCUUAUCACAGCAAUUAUUCUUUCUAUGUGGCUCUGAAUUCAAUCAAGUAGAGCGAUGGUUGGACCAGGUCCACUAUUACUCAAUUCUCCAGAAUUCUGCAUAUAAACUAAAGCAAAAAUAGACUUAGGGAAAUAUUGCAUAGAUGCAUGUGAGCAUAAAUAUAUAACAAGUGUAUAUGGUACUAUACAAUCAAACACGCAUAA